GUGGACGUAAAUGCGAUCCGUGCCUUCAGCCAAAUGUGCAAAAGCACCGCAUCACUAUAAAUUGGACGACAUUCCCAGAGCCUCCAAAGCCGUAUAGAAAGCCCUUUAAUUUUAGGUUUAACUCUGGUUGAUAUCGAUAUCAGGUUCGCUAGCAACUUUACCACCGGGAACUACUAAAAACCUGUUAUAAUGAAGCUUUCGUUUUUCAACAUCGCGGUUGUGGCCUCCUUGGUCUCCAACGCUGUGACCGCCGCUUACACUAACUCUACCACUUCAUCUUCUGGACCAGCUCCAUCCACUUCUCUUGCUCCAUCCAUCCGGGCUGUUGAGAACAAUGGUCGGGCUGAAUACAUCAUGACCAUCCCUGCUGCUCUUCAGUUCUCUUCUUUGAACGUUUUGUCGCUCAGUCAAAGCUUCAGUGCUUUCGACCCAACCCUGUGUAGUGCUGACGCUGACGGACAGAGCAUUCCAAUCAACAACGAGUCCACUGAUACUGACAUUGAUUUUGAUGUUAACACUUCUGAUUAUUCCGCAGAGGAGUACCACGCCCACAUCUUCUCCAGUGCCGCUACUGAGCCAGGUUCUUACACUGCUACCUUCGCUCUUACUCUUGACCCAGAGAGUGCCAAGAGAGAUGAGCGUGUUUACUACUUGACCGCCACUGUGUACAUUGGUUCUGGCAGCUCUUCGUCUUCCGGUGCUUCCAGCUCCGUUCCAUCUUCGGCCUCCGUUCCUGGCUCUUCUUCCUCGGAGAUCCCAGGUGCUACCGUCAUUACCAAGACUGCUUCUGGUACUGUCACUCUCACCAAAACUUGUACUGAGGAACUGUGCACUGGUGUUGAGACCAUUGUCACUGGUGUCACCACUGUCACCGAUGAGACCACCGUGUACACUACCUACUGCCCACUCACCACCACCCUCACUCUGGCUCCAGUUACUGUGGUCACCACUGUUUGUGAGACUGAGACUGCUUCUCCAGAGACCACCACCAUCACUGUUACCUGUACUGAGGAGAAGUGCAAGGGUCAAGAGUCUACCAUUGUCACUGGUCUCACCACUGUUACCGACUUGACCACUGUCUACACUACUUACUGCCCAUUGUCCGCUAGUGAGGUUACCAAGACUUACACCACCACCAUCACCAACCCAGUUGCUAGUACUCCAGUCACCGGCUUGGAGGUCACUGAAACUGCUACAAGCGGCGGUAUCACCACUACCUACGUUACCACCUGUGAGUACUACGAGGUUACCACCACCACUACUGCUACCGCUGGUGCUGGUUCUACAGCCGCUGCUGGUUCUACAGCCGCUGCUGGUUCUACAGCUGCUGCUGGCUCAGAAACCAAGACCACUGUUGCUACUAUCACCACCACCGGUGCUGCUGGUGCUGGCUCCACUGUGGCCGAGACUGGUGCUACCGGCUCCACUGGUGCUGCUCCUCAGUCCUCUUCUUCUGCUGCUGGCUCUGGCUCUGGAGCUACUGCCUCCAGCAUUUCGAUCUUGGAGGGUGCUGCUGCCAAGGGUUACGCUUCAGCAGGCUUGUUGGGAGCUGCUUUCAUUGCUGCCUUCUUCUACUAAGCGUGCUGGCAACUUUGAAAGAAGUGCAGGACUUUUCGAAUUCAGUUUGUUCACAAUCAAUCCAUAGUCAUCGUCUUUGCCGCUCAAAGUUACGAGAUAUUUGGUGCUGGUACUUCCUGGUAUUCAAUUCAAUUUAUUGACCUGAUAGACUGUCCGGAUUUUUCUUGCCGUGACAGCUAAUAUUGUCAUUUGUGUUUAUUAGAUACCUUUUCAUUUCCCACCUGC